UGCUUGGGUAAGAUAAAGAAAAAUAAUUUUUGUUAAGUCUGAAUAAAAUUAGAAUCUGGUAUGUUAAACUAUAUGCUUAUAUAAGUGAAGAACGUUUAUUUAAAGUAUGUAUCCCACUUUCAAAAUUAACAUUUUAGACCGUCCAUAUCUGAGAUAGAUACCUCCCUCAAAACCCACCAAACCGACCCCUCCCCUAAAAAAAAUAAAAAAUAAAAAGAGAAAAAUAUUUACCCUAAACUUGAAUUCGUAUUACACCUUUCCGAAGCUCAUUUUCUCCACACAAAAAAUUGUAAGCAUGAAGAUGAGAAACAAAGGCAAAGUCCAUCCCUUCACUUCAUCAUCAUCUUCUUCGUCUUCUUCUCUCCCUCCCACCAACACAGACGCUUUCUCUCUCCUCAAACUCCUCCCCGCCGCCAUUCUCACUCUAGUAUCCUUUCUCUCUCUAGAAGAGCGCGAGGUCCUGGCCUACAUGAUCACCAGAUCCCUCAAAUCCCCCAACCCCUCCUCCCUCCCCGCCACCGAAGAUAAGAAGAAGCAGUGCGGCCACAACUCGCCGGCGCUCUUCGACUGCGACUGCUUCCACUGCUACACCAGCUUCUGGUUCCGAUGGGAUUCCUCCCCCAACCGCGAGCUCAUCCACCAAGCCAUCGAAGCCUUCGAGGAUCACUUGAACUCUGGCGGCACCCUCAACAACUCCCCCAAGACCAAGCGCAGGGACAAACUGGGCCGCCGGAACAAACCCCCCGCCGACCCCCUCCCUUCCUCGCCGCCGGAAAAUCAAGAACGUCCCAUCCCCGCCGACCUCCCCCAGCUUCAUGAACUCAGCGGGGAGAACGCCGCGGAGCCUCCGCCGUCGCCGGCCGCGGUGGUGCGGACGCAUAAAGGGUUGGCUAGGAAAGUCUUGCCGGACGUCAUGGGGAUAUUUAGUUCGCGUUUAUGGAGUCUUUGGAGUCCGAAUGUGUGAGUAAAAAAAAUUUAAAAUAAAUGGAAAUUGGAAUUCUGCUUCAAUUUUUUAGAAUUUCAAGGGGGAAAAUAUAAUCUUCUUCUUUUUUUUCUUUUUUUUCUGGUGGUAGGUUAUAUUCGUACUCGAAUAUGCAGCUCUUUUUAAAUGUUUCGUGGCCUCUCUCUCUCAUCUGAAUUAUUGGCAUUUGUUUAUUUUUGUUAUAUGUUUAAUCUUCAGUCUUCACUUCCA